AAACUUGCGCCCGCCCGCCUCAUCCCCUUCCCAUCACAAACACCCCUCGCACCUUCCCACACAACAAUCCCAGCAACCACGCCACAACCACUCCACCAAUGUCAAACACACUACGCCCCUACCUCGCUGCCGUGCGCGCCACGCUAACCGCCGCCCUCUGUCUCGAAAACUUUGCCUCACAAGUCGUCGAGCGGCACAACAAACCCGAAGUCGAAGCCCGAGUAACCCCAGAAGUCCUCCUAACCCCCGUCCAAAUCUCCCGCAAUGAGAACGAAAAAACCCUCAUCGAAGGCUCCAUCAACUCCCUCCGCAUCUCCAUAAAAGUCAAACAGGCCGACGAGAUCGAACGUAUCCUCUGCCAUAAAUUCACGAGGUUCUUGAUGAUGCGCGCUGAGGGGUUCUAUAUCUUGAGACGAAAGCCGGUGCCUGGAUAUGAUAUCUCCUUUUUGAUAACAAACACGCACACGGAGACGAUGUAUAAGCACAAACUGGUGGAUUUCAUCGUGCAGUUUAUGGAGGAGGUUGAUAAGGAGAUUAGUGAGAUGAAGUUGUCGUUGAAUGCGCGCGCGCGGAUUGUGGCCGAGUCGUUCCUGCAACAGUUUUCGUGAGUUGAUUUUGGACUGGUGGUCUCAUGGACGAUGGCUGGGCUCGGUUUGCUGCGGGAGGGUGGAGGGUGGAGGGUGGGCCGUCGGUGGGGUAUGUGGUGGUAGCUAUCCCCAGCGCACUGGAGAGGGCUGUCUCCACACGUCGCCACAAUUCCUCGCGUAUGAACUCAAUACCCCUCAUACCAAAUAACAACGAGCCCGUCCCGUACACCGCAAAUGCACCUGCAGACUUCAUUUGGGUUUAUUUCGCCGCCUUCCCGUGAUACAACCAUAGAUGUGCAAACAGACUCGCGUUGCCGGAUGCGGACGGUGCGCAAUAGGAAAGGAACGUCUAGCGGUGGCGAGUUUGCUCGUACGGCUGUUUGCUCGUACUGUACGGGAGGCUGUUUCUCUCGCCGAGCUCGCGGAAGGUCUGAGUUUACCCUCUGCGCGGAAAGACCGUUACCUCGCGAGGAACACAACCCUAACGCUG